CUAAAAGUAAGUACAUGCAUAUUGAUCUCGGGGCGGACCGAGUUCGGCUCAGAAGGCAACUGGUCUGUGGGCUUUGCGCACCGCGCCCAUAACCUGCUUGCGGAAUUACCUCAACGAAACACAAGACAGAUGAAGGCGCUCGGGUGGUGGCUGAUGCUGGUCGGCUUGCUUCGCCUCGUAACUGUAUGGUUCGGCUUCUUCGACAUCUGGGCCUUGCGCAUGGCCGUCUUCUCCCAGACACAAAUGACUGAUGUUCAUGGCCGAACAUUUGGAGUCUGGACUCUCCUGACCUGCACACUCUGCUUUCUUUGUGCAUUCAACCUUCAGAAUAAGCCUAUCUACACAGCAACCUUGCUGUCCUUCAUAUAUGCAUUUGGUCAUUUUCUUACUGAGUAUCUGAUAUACCAUACAAUGGCUGCAUCAAAUCUGACAACUAUUGGAAUAUUUGCUGGCACAUCAAUCAUAUGGAUGCUGGUGCAGUGGAAUGCACAUCAACCUCAGGAUUCUGCAAAGCUAGAGUGACUCCCCUCCCGUUGAGGAUGUUCUUCAUGCCCUGGUUAUGCAACACUUUCUGAACCUUGGUAGAUCAGUGUUUUGAUAAGAAUCCAUCAUUUCAACCCUUUUUUUGAGACAUGAUUAAUGUUUCAGACUCUCGUGAUUUAAUUAUUUCUUUUCAAGAAGUAUACUAUCAUGAGCUUAAUUCA